GGGGAGGCGCGCGCUGCUGCCACCGCCGCCGCCGCCGCCGCCGCCACCCGAGGGGACAAGGCGGGAGCGCGGGGACUGCGGGACCCCCUCAAGGACAGGGUUACCCAUCGAAGGGGGGACGCCCCUCUGCUGCUGCUGCUGCUCCGUCGCCAUGGGCUCAGUCGUGUGGGAAUGUGGUUAAAAAUGCUUUAAAAAACUGAAACCAAUCCAUGGCACAUCAGGCCGAGGGAAGGGCAGAUUCCUUGCACACCCGCCUCAAAUCCACCUCCUCCUGGACUGAGCUGAGGAUGUCGACCACAAAGACCGUUCCAGUUUGGAAGAGCCUCAAACAAGGGCUGGGAAUGUCGUCGUCGGGGUGAAACCCCGGGAUACGGAAGGAGCUGGAAGGGCCGUAACCGGCCCCGUUCCUGGUGUGGAAGGAUGGCUGGGAGCUGGAUUUGGUGCUCCCUCUGGCUGCUGGAUGUUUUGGUGGGGCUCACGGAGGGGCACAGUUUGUUUUCUUGCGAGCCCAUCAUCCUGAGGAUGUGCCAGGACCUGCCUUACAACACCACCUUCAUGCCCAACCUCCUCAACCACUACGACCAGCAAACGGCGGCUUUGGCCAUGGAGCCCUUCCACCCGAUGGUGAAUCUGGAAUGCUCCCGGGAUUUCCGGCCCUUCCUGUGCGCCCUGUACGCCCCGGUGUGCAUGGAGUACGGGCGGGUGACGCUGCCCUGCCGCCGGCUCUGCCAGAGGGCCUACAGCGAGUGCUCCAAGCUCAUGGAGAUGUUCGGGGUGGCCUGGCCCGAGGACAUGGAGUGCACCAGGUUCCCGGACUGCGACGAGCCGUACCCUCGCCUCGUUGACCUCAGCGCGGCCGGGGAGCCCACGGAAGAGGCCCCCAUGGCGGUGCAGAGGGAUUACGGCUUCUGGUGCCCUCGGGAGCUGAAAAUAGACCCCGACCUGGGCUACUCCUUCCUGAGGGUGCGCGACUGCUCCCCUCCCUGCCCCAACAUGUACUUCCGCCGCGAGGAGCUCUCCUUCGCCCGCUACUUCAUCGGCGUCAUCUCCAUCGUCUGCCUCUCCGCCACCUUGUUCACCUUCCUCACCUUCCUGAUCGACGUCACGCGGUUCCGCUACCCGGAGCGGCCCAUCAUCUUCUACGCCGUCUGCUACAUGAUGGUGUCCCUCAUCUUCUUCAUCGGCUUCCUGCUGGAGGACCGCGUGGCGUGCAACGCCUCCAGCCCCGCCCAGUACAAGGCGUCCACCGUGACCCAGGGCUCCCACAACAAGGCCUGCACCAUGCUCUUCAUGGUGCUCUACUUCUUCACCAUGGCCGGCAGCGUGUGGUGGGUCAUCCUCACCAUCACCUGGUUCCUGGCCGCCGUGCCCAAGUGGGGCAGCGAGGCCAUCGAGAAGAAGGCCUUGCUUUUCCACGCCAGCGCCUGGGGAAUCCCGGGCACUCUCACCAUCAUCCUCUUGGCCAUGAACAAGAUCGAGGGCGACAACAUCAGCGGCGUGUGCUUCGUCGGCCUCUACGACGUGGACGCGCUGCGGUACUUCGUCCUCGCCCCUCUCUGCCUCUACGUCGUCGUGGGAGUCUCCCUCCUCCUGGCCGGGAUCAUCUCCCUCAACCGGGUGCGCAUCGAAAUCCCGCUGGAGAAGGAGAACCAGGACAAGCUGGUGAAGUUCAUGAUCCGCAUCGGCGUGUUCAGCGUCCUGUACCUCGUGCCGCUGCUGGUCGUCAUCGGCUGCUACUUCUACGAGCAGGCCUACCGCGGCGUGUGGGAGACCACGUGGAUCCAGGAGCGCUGCCGGGAAUACCACAUCCCGUGUCCCUACCAGGUGCCUCAGAUGAGCCGCCCGGAUUUGAUCCUGUUCCUCAUGAAGUAUCUCAUGGCCUUGGUGGUCGGGAUUCCCUCCGUGUUCUGGGUGGGGAGCAAGAAGACCUGCUUUGAGUGGGCCAGUUUCUUCCACGGGCGCAGGAAAAAAGAAGUUGUAAACGAGAGUCGCCAAGUGCUGCAGGAGCCGGACUUCGCCCAGUCCCUCCUGAGGGAUCCCAACACCCCCAUCAUCCGAAAGUCCAGGGGCACUUCCACGCAGGGCACCUCGACCCACGCCUCCUCCACCCAGCUGGCCAUGAUGGACGACCAGAGGAGCAAGGCGGGGAGCGUGCACAGCAAAGUGAGCAGCUACCACGGCAGCCUGCACCGCUCGCGGGACGGACGGUACACUCCCUGCAGCUACAGGGGCGUGGAGGAACGACUACCUCACGGCAGCAUGUCCCGACUGACCGACCACUCCAGGCACAGCAGCUCCCACCGGCUGAACGAGCAGUCACGGCACAGCAGCAUCAGGGACCUCAGCAGCAACCCAAUGACACACAUCACACACGGCACCAGCAUGAACCGCGUCAUCGAGGAGGAUGGCACCAGCGCCUGAGCCGGGACGAGCGCUCCGACAGCUCGGGGUGGUUUGCACAGCUCGUGGCCCCUCCCUCAGUAUUAUCACCCUCUCGUCAGGUGCUGAAUUUGGGCUGAAUCGGGAAGCCGAAAGUCGCAGCCUCGUGGAGCUCCAGCGCUCGGCUGUCCCGAAUUCCUGAUUAAAAAAAAAAAAGCCGGUUGUCUCCUUUGAACCUCUCUGUAGGUGGUUAUUUAUUCCGUGGCUGGUCCUCAUCAGACACCGCUGCUGAAAUUCUUUGUGGAAAACAAGUCUCCCCUUUUCCUCCCUCUCUCCCUCCGCAUGUCGGGAGGUUCCACCCCGAAAACUCGUCGCCGGGGUUGCGCUGAGGGCUCUUCUGGGGAGACUUGGGAACUCCUGGCUGCUGAGGGAACUCCUCAGCACACCUCCUUGGCACCAUUCCUGCUUGUCUCCAUCGUGUGCAUCAGGAGGAG